AUGGCCGAAGAAACCAAGGCAGACCUUGGGACCACGACCGUCUCGGGCUCAGAAACACAUGCAUCCGUUGAGCCUAUUCAGCGCCCGGCAGGAUGGAUGUACAAAGGCUUCAAGGUCGGCAAGCGGGAGCUUUGGUACGCGUCGCCCAAAGUGCAGCUCUUCAUGGUCGCCAUGGUCUGCUUCCUGUGCCCCGGAAUGUACAAUGCCCUGACCGGUCUGGGUGGUGCCGGUCUCAAGGACACCACGGCCCAGACCAACGCCUCCGUCGCCCUCUACUCUGUCUUUGCCGUCAUUGGUUUCUUCUCUGGUACUUUCGCCAACAGGCUGGGUCUCCGCGUGACCCUCGCCCUCGGAGGACUGGGAUACUCGGUCUAUGCUGGAAGUAUCCUUUGCUACAAGCACACAUCCAACAUGGGAUACGUCAUCUUUGCCGGUAGUUUCCUGGGUUUCUGCGCCAGUCUUCUUUGGUGCGGACAGGGCGCCAUCAUGAUGGCCUAUCCCCCCGAGCACGCAAAGGGUCGCUACAUUAGUUGGUUCUGGAUCAUCUUCAACCUCGGAGCAGUCAUCGGCGCUCUGAUUCCCCUCGGCCAGAACAUCAACAACACGGGCGGCGACGCAACCGAUGGCACUUUUUACGGCUUCAUCGUUCUCAUGCUCGUCGGCGCCGUGCUUGCGCUCUUCCUUUGCGAUGCCGACAAGGUGCAGCGCGAGGACGGCUCCCACGUUGUCGUCAUGAAGAGCCCGUCUUGGUCCUCCGAGUUCAUCGGCCUCUGGGAGACCAUUACGAGCGACCCCUGGAUCGUUUUGCUGUUCCCCAUGUUCUUUGCCUCCAACAUCUUCUACACCUACCAGCAGAACGGCAUCAACGGAGCCCACUUCAACGCCCGUGGUGCCUCGCUCAACAACCUGCUGUACUGGCUGGCCCAGAUCUUUGGCGCCGUCAUCUUUGGCUAUGCUCUCGACUACCCCAAGCUUAGCCGUUCCGUGCGCGCAAAGGCAUCUCUGGUCGUCCUCUUUGCCCUCACCUUUAUCAUCUGGGGUGGCGGAUGGGCCUGGCAGAAGCAGCAAGUCAGCCGCGAGGUCAGCAGCACCCAGGAGUACCAGGACAACCACCUGUUGGACUGGGACAAUGGCGGUGGCAAGGGCUUCGUCGCCCCCAUGUUCCUGUACAUGUUUUACGGAUUCUACGACGCCGCCUGGCAGACGUGCAUCUACUGGUACAUGGGUGCCCUCUCCAACUCUGGCCGCCGACUUUCCAACCUGGCUGGAUUCUACAAGGGUAUCCAGAGUGCCGGUGCUGCCGUCUUUUGGCGCCUCGACAACCUGAAAGUCGAGUACAACACCCUGUUUGGUGCUACAUGGGGUGUUUGCGCCGGCGCUCUCUUGAUUGCAGGUCCCAUUGUCUUUAUCCGAAUUACCGACACGAUCCCGCUCGAGGAGGAUCUCAAGUUCAGCGACGAGACCGUCGAGGACGUUGCGCCGACGGCUGUCCUGGAAGAGGCUGGACACGAGACCAAGCCCACCACUGUUUGA